AUGCCUUGGGAUAUAGGUGGAAAGCAGCCGCUUACCUCGGUCACACAUCCUUACACGGGUGCGGAUUACUAUGUUGGCAGUCCAUUGCAGGCAAUUAAUCUCGAAUGGUACCCGAUGAAUCUUGUUUUGUGCUUUAAGCUUAUCCUAGGUCACUUCUUGUACGUACUACUUGAAAAAAGUCGCCAAAAAAUGUUAUCACUGAUGGCAUUGCUAGACCGCAAGCGCACAUCCGACUUGAAGCUUUUGAAAGAGUUCGAUUAUCCUGCCAGUACUUCAAAGCUGGUGUCUGAUCAGGAACUUCUCGAGGGUUUCAAAGAGUGCGGCGAACACGAUGUACGGCUUCUACAAGAGGUGCGGAUAGUCUAUCCGCCACUGUAUUCAAAGUUUUUUGAGAGCAACUUGGAAGAGAACGUUACGAGAAGCAGCGGAGAGAGGUAAACGCUGAACGCAGAACUUUUUCUUCCUUUUCCGUCGUCAUUGAAGACCACUCAUCUCAAAUAAUGCUAUCGCUAUUGCCAUGCUAUCGCUAUAGCUCACUUUUCGUUUGUAUUAGUCCUCCCAUUCCGAGAUGGGCAUUUCAUAUGGUUGAGUUAGUUUGGGUAUGCACAGUGUGCAAUUUUUCCGUGUGCAUUUGGUGAUCUCUUGCUAUUGUUUUUGCAUUUGUUUUUGGGUGUAC